AUGGCCAGAGGGAUAAAUCAAUUGCAUUGCAUCUUCUUUUCCACAUGGAAGCAUCGAAUUUCGUUGGGACCCUCUUUGGAUCAUUUUCUUGACAAGGAUGUCAAUAUUUUGGCCUCCCAAACCGAAACAAACAAUUUAAUUGCCGAUAAUUUGGCUUUCAGGCAGCAAAAGGGACAGAAUUUGGAAUCCGGCCAGUACUAUGACGCGAACGCGCAAGUUGCUCCGCAACUGGUUCCGCACUGGAGCCCGGAAAGAAUUCCGCCGUGGAUAAAAACCCCGGUCCCCAUUGGCGCAGGGUACUCAAAAUUGAAAACUUCUCUUGAAAGUCUAAAACUAAAUACGGUUUGCCAGGAGGCUAAAUGUCCAAAUAUCGGCACAUGCUGGUCAGGCUCUUCUGGCGAUGGAAAAAAGGCUAGCCCCUCGACAGCAACCAUUAUGCUUAUGGGAGAUACGUGCACGCGUGGAUGCCGCUUUUGUUCUGUAAAGACAUCAAAAACACCCGCGCCCCUCGAUGUAAAUGAACCGGAUCGUACUGCAGAUGCAAUCUGCAAGUGGGGAGUUGAUUACAUUGUCCUUACUUCGGUUGAUCGCGAUGAUCUUCCCGAUAACGGGGCACUGCAUUUUGCAAAGACAAUCUCGCUUCUGAAGGAACGAAAGCCAGAAAUUUUGAUAGAAGCCCUUACAGGUGACUUCCAAGGCUCGCUUUUCGAUGCCAAGGUAGUGAUCCUGGCACCUUUAAAUGUCUUUGCUCACAAUCUGGAAACAGUUGAGCGCUUAACCCCAUUUGUCAGAGAUAGGCGUGCCGGGUACAGGCAAUCACUUCGUUUGUUAGAAUUUGCAAAGCAAAGCCGUUCUGAAAAUCUUCUCACAAAAUCCGCCAUCAUGCUGGGCCUGGGCGAACAGCCUGAAGAAAUUCUUCAAACGAUGAAAGGCGUUGAUGCCCUGACCAUUGGUCAAUAUAUGAGACCCACAAAACGGCAUUUAAAGGUAGAGGCAUAUGUUCACCCUGAAACAUUUGCCUACUGGCAAGAAAAGGGCCAGAGUUUGGGGUUUUCCUACGUUGCCUCCGGCCCGCUCGUCAGAUCAUCAUACAAAGCGGGCGAAUACUAUCUUAAAAGCCUGCUUGAAAAGAAAAACGCCCUGUAG